AUGGUUAAAAUUAUUCAGUGGAACCUAAAUGGCUUCUUCAAGAAACAAGAAGAGCUAAAACUCAUCAUCCAAAACCAUGAUCCCCAAAUUAUAUGCCUCCAAGAAACUAAUUUCAAAGACAACUACACCGCCCUCCUCAAAAAUUUCGUAGGUUUCAGCAAAAAUAGAAUAACAUCGGUUAGAGCCAGUGGAGGAGUCACAAUAUACACAAAAUCAAACAUCCCAACCAAAGAAUUAAAAAUAAAUAGCAACCUUGAAACAUUAGCGGUAUCCAUUGAACUCAACGAAAAAUUCUCAUUAUGCAACAUUUACUUACCGAACCAAACUGAAUUUUCAUUAUCAGAUCUGGAAAAUAUCACACGUCAACUUCCUAAGCCCUUUAUAUUAGUAGGAGACUUCAACUCACAUAAUAUGGUUUGGGGCUCAAACACUACCGAUUCGAGAGGAAAAACUGUUGAAAAACUUAUACAUAAUGAAGAUUUAGUACUUUUAAAUGACACAACCCCCACACACAUUAAUCUUGGAAAUGGCAACUUUUCUUGUAUAGACCUAUCUUUAAGCUCACCAUCAAUCGCGCAGAGAUGGAAUUUAAAAAAGCCAAAUUGGAACCUUUACACUGACCUGCUAGAAGAAGAAAUCAACAAAAUUAUUGAACACAACAUCAUUGAUAUAGAAGAAACUACCCAAACCUUUACAAACCUCAUAACUGACAUUGCAAAAAAGACAAUAGGCACAACUAAUCAAACAAAAAAACCCAGAGUACCCUGGUGGAAUGACAAAAUAAAAGAAGCAGUAUGGAGAAAAAUAAAAUCUUUAAAAGGCUUAUCAAGUUACAACGACAUAGUUAUAAAAGCCAACCAGAGUACCAUAACCGAUCAAACAGUAGUAGCAGAUACAAUAGGAAACUUCUUUUAUGAAAACUUUAGCGAUAAAUUAUACGAAGAAAAAUUUAUAAACGAAAUAAAGAUCCCUAACGAGAGCAUACAAAUCAAGUCAACCAUCGAACCAAAUAACCUAGACCAGAUAAACCUAAACCUCAAAAUCACAAUGGAUGAGUUAGAACAAACUCUGAGAGUAUGCAAUAGUAAAAGCCCGGGCCCCGACACAAUUCCUUAUAGCUUCUUACAUAACUCGGGUAUAUCGACUAAACAACACCUACUCAACAUAUACAACCACAUAUGGAGAAAAGGGCAAAUCCCCGUAAAUUGGAAAACAGCCAAUAUAAUACCUAUCUUAAAGCCAGGAAAAGACAAACACUCACCUGAAGGAUACAGGCCUAUUUCCCUCCUAAACACGAUGGCUAAAAUACUUGAAAAAAUAGUGAACACUCGUCUGAUUUGGUUCCUGGAAAAAGCAAAAAUUCUAUCUGACCUACAAAGCGGCUUCCGCAAACAUAGAUCCACAAUUGACAGCCUUACCAUCAUUAAGUCAGAAGUAAACGAUGCACUCAACUCUAAUCAGUAUCUUGGAUUGAUAAGCAUAGACAUCGCCAAAGCCUAUGAUUCGGUAUGGAGAUAUAGAGUGUUAGAAAUUCUUUCAAAAAUACUUACGGACGGCAACAUGUUCAACUACAUAAAAUGCUUUCUUAACUCAAGACAAUUCUCAAUCACACUUACAAAUGCCCAAUCAAAAAAUUACACUCAGCAAAAUGGAAUUCCUCAAGGCUCGUCAUUAUCGGUCACCCUCUUUCUUUUAGCAAUAAACGACAUAACUAACACCAUAACAUUUCCUGUCAAAGCCAAUCUUUUCGCAGAUGACUUCAAUUUCUGGUGCAAAAGCCCAAAUCUCAAAACAGUACAUUACUUCUUACAAAAUACAGCAAACAACAUCGCAAAAUGGUCAACAUUAACCGGUUUCAAGAUCUCCAGUCUAAAAUCUCAAUGUAUUAUAUUUUCCAACAAAAGAAGUCAAAAGCACAUCAACAUCCAGCUAAAUAACAACUACAUCCCAAAUGUAAACACAAUUAAAAUUCUCGGAGUUCAUUUCGACAUAAAAAUCAAUUGGUUACAACACCUAAAACAACUCAAAAUAUCACUGACAAGAAGUCUCAACAUCAUGAAAAUGUUAAGUCACACCACGUGGGGAGGAGACGAAGAUACGCUCAUAAAAAUUCACAGACACCUCAUCAGAGCGAAAAUGGACUACGGUUCAACAAUCUAUCAAUCUGCCAAACCCCUCCACAAAAAAAUAAUUGAUACUUCUUUAAACGCCAGCUUAAGAUUCGCCAUUGGAGCUUUCCGAUCUAGUCCCAUUGAAAGCAUUCGGAACCUAGCACUCGAACCCCCCUCUGAGCUCAGACACAAAGAAAAAUCACUACUCUACGCAGCUAGCAUCACAAGAAACUCUAGCAACCCAGCAAACAAAUGUAUUACAGAAACCAACAAGUACGCCAAAGAUCAUGGCAUAGAUUUCAAUGCGAUAAUUAAAGUUCAACCCCCCGAUUUCCCCCCAUGGUCCUACAAUUUCGAUAUAAACCUGGAAUUAACUAAAUUCAAAAAAGAGCUGACUCUCCCUAUGAUCUAUAAGAAUACCUUAAACGAAAUACUCCAGGAUCACAAAAAUGCAAAUCGAUACUACACUGAUGCCUCUAAAUCAGAAAAAGGUGUAGGAAUCGCAAUUAUCAACCAAGACUUCACUAUCAAAUUCAAACUCCCCAAAAUUUGCUCUAUAUAUACGGCAGAAGCCAUAGCAAUUCUUAAAACAGUAGAACACAUUUUACUUAAUGAAGGUCAUGGUAACUUCCAUAAAAGCAAUCUUAUCUUGUCAGACUCACUUUCAACACUCAUGAGCCUCAAAAACACUUCCAACUCCACAGAUAUAGCAAAACUUUUACUGCAAAAAAUUAACCUAGCAAAUAAUGCAGGAAUCAAAAUUUCACUAAUAUGGAUCCCGGGGCACAGUGACAUAGAGGGCAAUGAAAAGGCAGAUCAAGAAGCUAAGAAAGCAGCAGAGUACAAUGAUAUCCCCUUUUUAAAUAUUACUCAAUUCGCAGACAUAAAAAACCAAAUUAAAGAACUAACUAGAAUCAAAUGGCAAUCACACUGGCUCGAACAAGACACCAAACUGAGAAGAAUAAAAAACUCUAUAUUCAGAUGGCCCAACUCCCUCGCAAAAAGAAGAGAAAUAGUAAUCAUGAAUAGACUCCGUAUCGGGCAUACUCGUCUAACCCACGGUUACCUCAUGACAAAGGAUGAAAAACCCAUUUGCUCAACCUGUGGCACCGAUCUAACAGUACACCAUAUCAUAACAGAAUGCCGACGAUACAGAGAAGAACUCGAUCAGCUGAACAUACCAACCACUUUAGACGCAGCCCUCGGACCAGACAUUGACAUCACUCUCCAAAUCUUACUGAGUAAAAGAACAAAACAAAGAAGAGUACACGAAGAACUAAAAAGUUGCACUGUUGGGUUUAGCUCUAAAGAAAAUAAUACUGAAAAUAGUGGACCUUAUCUAGUUGAAACUAGUUUUCCAAAUAGUGAUCAUUCUGAGCCUAGCAUCAUGUCUCAAUCUAAAUCUAAUGAUAUUAAUCUUAAUAUAGACAUAAUGAAUACAGAUGGGGAUGAAGAAUUAUACUAUUCUAGUGAUGAAGUGUCUUCUGAAAUAGAUGAAAAUGAAUGGGAUGAAAAUUAUGAUAAUCCUAUUGAUAAUCUUUCUCAUUUUAAAUUUUUGAUCAUGAAUUGGGCCAUUAAUUCCUAUAUUCGUCCUGAUAAUAUUAAUGUAUUUCCAAUAGGAAUUUAUUGCGGAAGAGAAAAACCUGCCAAUAGUAAUGAUUUCAUUCAACAGUUUGUUGAUGAAGCCAACGUUUUAUAUCAGAACGGGAUCUGUAUUAAAAAUAAAACAUAUAAUUUCUCUGUUCACACAUUGUGCUGUGAUUCUCCUGCUAAAUCGUUUGUGCUUCAAAUCAAAGGCCAUUCAGGCUUUUUUUCUUGUACUCGCUGUGAGGUAGAAGGAGAAUAUUUAUCCAACAGAAUUUGUUUUCCUUACAAUUCACCAUUAAACCGUCCACAAAAUAGAACACACCAAAAUUACUUAUUACAAUCAAAAGAGGAACAUCAUGUUGGUGAUGUUUCGAUUAUUACAACUUUGCCCAAUUUUAAUGUUGUAACUUCUUUCUCUCUAGACUAUAUGCACUUAGUAUGUUUAGGUGUUGUUCGAAAGCUAAUGUUAUUAUGGAUUAAAGGACCUUUAAAUAUUCGUUAUCCAUCUUGGAAGAUUAAAGAAAUAUCAAACUCUCUCCAAACCCUUAAAAAUAAAAUGCCAUGUGAAUUUGCUAGAAAGCCAAGAACACUUGAUGAAAUAUGUCGUUGGAAGGCCACAGAAUUUCAUAAUGGUUAA